CUUGAAUUUCAUAAAUAUGUUACAUAUUUUUUAAUAUUUUUUUUUGCUCCUUAUAUAGAUUAGGCAUGGGGAAGCUGUUGGAAUAAUUGGGCCCUCUGGCACUGGUAAAUCUACUAUUUUAAAGAUCAUGGCUGGGCUUCUUACUCCAGACAAGGGCGAGGUUUUCAUUCGAGGAAGAAGAAGACAUGGUUUAAUCAGCGAUGAUGAGAUAUCUGGCCUUCGAAUUGGCAUGGUGUUUCAGAGUGCAGCACUUUUUGAUUCUUUAACUGUUCGCGAAAAUGUCGGUUUCCUUUUGUAUGAGAAUUCCAGCAUGUCUGAGAAUCAAAUCGCUACCCUUGUUUCACAAACUUUGGCUGCUGUUGGAUUGAAGGUACAGUUUAUAUCAGCAUAAUUAUAUGAUUUUAUGACUUUACAUAUUUACCCUAGUCUCUUAUGUAUAAUUUGGUUUAAUGACAUCUAGACUCAAAAUACCAUAGCUCUCAACCGGUAUGGAGUUUGGAAAGAAGUAUAUAAUGUCAUACCAUGAUCAU